AUGUUCACAGUGACCCCUGAUCACCUUAUUGCUUUCCUGAAUCAAACCAGAGGACCCAACGCCAUUGCCCUUGGAAUGUGCACUAACACUGAAUCUACUUUCCUCCCAACAGUGACGGAGAGUCGAGGCAUCCUAGAGAGUAUCCAGAGAUUCUCCCUGCUGCCCACCUACCUGCCUGUGACCUACCACAUCAACAACGCCGAUGUCUCCUUCUUCCUCAAGGAAGCCAACCAGGACAUCAUGAGGAACUCCAGCCUGCAGUCCCGGGUGGAAUCAUUUCUGAUUUACAAAGCCAAGAGGCUGCCUGUUCUGAAUGCCAGCUAUGGGCCUUUCUCCAUUGAGCAAGUGGUGCCCCAGGACUUAAUGCUGCCUUCCAACCCAUUUGGGUUCACCAACAAAUUUUCUCUGAACUGGAAGCUCAAAGCCUACAUCCUACGGGGCAAAGUUUACCUGAGCCGGCCCAGGGUGCAAAUCCUCUUCUACCUCGUGGGUAGAGACUGGGAUGACCACAGCGCCGGGGAGAGGCUGCCCUGCCUGAGGGUCUUUGCUUUCCGGGAGACCAGAGAGGUGAGGGGCAGCUGCCGGCUGAAGGGGGCCCUGGGGCUGUGUGUGGCCGAGCUGGAGCUCCCGCCUGGCUGGUUCAGCCCUCCGACGGUUUUUGCAGGGAGGAAGAAGUUCGUGGACCAGACGGAGGGGACUCCUGUGGAACUCUACUACACCGUGCAGCCUGGCGAUGACAGGGGGGACUGUGUCAGGGGAGACUCCAGGAAGAGCAACGGGGUUCGGACAGGCCACAAUGACAUCGAUGAGUCUGGGCCGCCCUUACAGAGAAUUGGGAGUGUCUUUCUUUACCAGACCCGCGGCCGACCUUCCCUGCGAGAGCUGCGUCUAGACAACAACGUGGCCAUUCAUUAUAUACCAAAGACGGUGAGACCAGGAGACGUGCUGACUUUCCCCGUUUCCAUCUCCAAAACCUCUACUGAGGAUCGCUUCACAUUGAGGGCCAAGGUGAAGAAAGGUGUGAACAUCAUCGGCGUGCGAGCCAGCAGCCCUUCCAUUUGGGAAGUCAAGGAGCGCAGGGAUUCUACUGGGAAGUAUACACCAGCUGUCAUCGUUUGUCAGAAGAAAUCUGCUGGCUCGGAAAACAGUGCUGACGGCGCCUCCUAUGAAGUCAUGCAGGUUGACGUGCAAGUGGAAGAGCCCAGCGACCUGCCAGCCACACAACUGGUCACGUGGCAAGUGGAAUACCCAGGAGAGAUCACAUCGGACUUGGGAGUGUCCAAGAUCUACGUGAGCCAGAAGGACUUGAUUGCAGUCAUACCACUGGCCAUGGAGGCAGAGAUCCUGAACACCGCCAUCCUCACGGGCAAGACGGUGGCCGUUCCAGUGAAGGUGGUCUCAGUGGAGGAGGAUGGCACUGUGACGGAUCUACUGGAUUCUGUGGAAUGUAGAUCAUCUGAUGAAGAUGUGAUUAAGGUGUCCGACAGAUGUGACUAUGUCUUUGUCAAUGGGAAGGAAAUGAAAGGCAAGGUGAAUGCGGCAGUCAACUUCACCUACCAGCACCUGAGCGGCGCCCUGGAGGUGACAGUGUGGGUGCCUCGGCUUCCGCUGCAGGUCGAGGUCUCAGACACUGAGCUCAACCAGAUCAAGGGCUGGAGGGUGCCCAUUGUCUCCAGCAAGAGGCCAGCUGGGGACAGUGAGGAAGAGGAAGAUGAGGAACGGCGGGGUCGCGGCUGCACCCUCCAGUAUCAGCACGCCAUGGUGCGGGUCUUGACGCAAUUUGUGGCUGAGGCGGCCGACCCUGGGGGACACCUGGCACACCUGCUGGGCUCAGACUGGCAAGUGGACAUCACGGAGCUGAUCAGUGACUUCAUGCAGGUGGAGGAGCCCAGGAUCGCCAAGCUACAGGGGGGACAGAUCUUGAUGGGGCAGGAGCUCGGGAUGACCACCAUCCAGAUCCUGUCUCCUCUGUCGGAUGCCAUCCUGGCCGAGAAAACCAUCACCGUGCUGGAUGAGAAGGUGACCAUCACGGACCUCGGGGUGCAGCUGGUCACAGGGCUGUCACUGUCCCUGCAGCUCAGCCCUGGGAGCAACAGAGCCAUCUUCGCCACCGCAGUGGCUCAGGAGCUGCUACAGAGACCCAAACAGGAAGCGGCCAUCAGCUGCUGGGUCCAGUUCAGUGAUGGCUCGGUCACACCCUUGGAUAUCUAUGAUGGGAAAGACUUCUCCUUGGUGGCCACGUCCUUGGAUGAGAAGGUGGUCUCCGUCCACCAAGACUCCAAGUUCAAGUGGCCUAUCAUGGCUGCUGAAACCGAGGGGCAAGGCGCUCUGGUCAAGGUUGAAAUGGUCAUCAGUGAAUCAUGCCAGAAGUCCAAGCGGAAGAGCGUGCUGGCUGUCGGAACAGCCAACAUCAAAGUUAAGUUUGGCCAGAACGAUGCUCAUCCCAACGCCAGUGACAGCAGGCACCCAGGGGCGGGAGUUCACCUGGAAAAUAAGGUCGGUGAUCGAAGGCCCCAAAAACCCUUGCAGGAAUGGGGGGGUCAAGGAGGACAGUACUAUGGCAGUUCUUCCAUGGGUCUCAUGGAAGGACGGGGCAUCACCACGGACAGGUCGACCCUGCAGAGGAAGAGUGGCCAGGAAGGCCUUGUGGAUCAUGACGGCCACGUGCAGACCAUCCCCAGUGACCUCACCAGUUUCCCAGCCCAGGUGGACCUCCCCAGAGGCAACGGAGCCAUGGACGAGAGUGAUCUCAUGCAGGCAUCCAAGGGACUGAGUGACUUGGAAAUAGGGAUGUAUGCUCUGCUGGGUGUCUUCUGCCUGGCCAUUUUGGUCUUCUUGAUCAACUGUGUGACCUUCGCAUUAAAGUACAGGCACAAACAGGUUCCCUUCGAGGAGCAGGAAGGAAUGAGUCACCCCCACGACUGGGUGGGGCUGAGCAACCGCGCAGAGCUGCUGGAAAAUCACAUCAACUUCGCCUCUUCCCAAGACGAGCAAAUCACUGCCAUCGACCGGGGCAUGGACUUCGAGGAGAGUAAAUACCUCCUCAGCACGAACUCCCAAAAAAGCAUCAACGGACAGCUGUUCAAACCUUCAGGAUCCACAAUGGCGGACGGGAGAGAUCAGAGAGGCGAGCCCCCUGCAUCCCCUACCUCAAAAAGGAAAAGAGUGAAAUUCACUACGUUCACCACCGUCCCCUCAGACGACACGGGUCCCGCCAGGAGCUCCAUCUUGACAAGCAGUGACGACGACAUCAAGUGGGUCUGCCAGGACCUGGCCCCCGGGGAGUGCAGGGAGCUUCACGGCUAUAUGGAGAGGCUACACGAAAAUGCCUAAGCUGGGCAGACACGGACAUCUGUUCUCACUCACCUUUUAGCCUUUAAUGCCAGGGUGUGUUAGCAACCGUGCACCCAGGGCGGAAACGAAAUGGCAGCAGCACGAGACCGGGGUGACACUGCCCACAGAGCCUCGGAAAAUGACCUCAGCUCUGCGGGGAAGGCCCAGGGUCGGCAUCGAUGCACACGUCCCAGAGUACAGUAUCUUGCUUCCAGUUAAGAGGUUAAUCAUGCAUAGCAAGAUAUUUUUAACUUGGAACACAAACGGGUUCUGAAUCACUGAGCUUUUGAGACUUUCCAGGAAAGAACAGCCUC